AUGGAUAUAUUGGAUGAUUCAAAAAAUACUAGCAUUUGUAUGCAAUGUAAUCAAAGAAUAAUAAAUUAUUCAAAUCAACUUUGUAGAAAACAAUUUCUUUCUCCUUCGCGGAUAAAUGAAUGCAGUAAAAUUCGUAGCGUACAAAUUAAUCAAGAAAACAAAAUUGAAAGUGGAAAUCUUAUUAUAGAUGAAUUUAUUAAAGAAACCCAAUUAAAUUCGAAAUGUUGUGAUGAUUUUAUUGAAUGGGUAUCAUGUUCAAAUUUAGAAAAUAUAAAAUACUUAACAUUUGGAGGAAAUUCAAAAAUUUAUUCUGGAACUUGGAAAUUAAACCAGUUGUCAACUAAUAUCGCUUUAAAAGUUACUAAAGAUUCUAAUAAUAUCAAUGACAAUAUUUUAAACGAGCUUAAAAUUCACCAUAAAUGUCGUAGUCAAAACAUCAUACCAUUUUAUGGAAUAACAAAAUCACCUGAAGGAGAUGAAUAUGCCAUGAUAAUAAAACAUGCAGAGCAUGGAGAUUUACGAAAUUAUAUACGUAAAUUUUUUCCAAAAUUAACUUGGACUGAUAGAAUAAAAAUUCUUAUUGAACUGUCAAAAGCUUUAAAUUCUCUACACCAAAUGAAUUUACUCCAUAUGGAUUUUCAUUGUAAAAAUAUUUUAGUAGAUGAAGCUGAUAGAAUUUUUUUAAGUGAUUUUGGGCUUUGUCAACCAAUUGAUUCGGAAAUGGUUUCAAGUAGCAUUCAAGGAGUUUUGCCUUAUAUUGCUCCUGAAGUCCUAAGAAAUAAGCCGUAUACAAAACAAUCAGAAGUAUAUAGUAUUAGUAUGAUAAUGUGGGAAUUAACAUCAAAUAAACCUCCAUUUUCAAAUAAACAUCAUGACGUAGAACUUGCACUUUCAAUACUUGAUGGAUUGAGACCUAAUACUGUUGAAGGAACACCAGAUUUUUAUACUAAUAUUAUGAAACAAUGUUGGGAUUCUGAUCCAUUAAAAAGGCCUGAUGCAUCUCUUUUACCAAAAAUAUUUGAAGAAAUGAUAGAAUUAUGUAAAAUGGCUGAUGAUAAAACUGUUUCGUCAAAAGUUGCUUUUUAUUCAUUACCGCCACAAAUUGAAUCAGAACGUGAAACUAAAUCAUUUGGUUUUGAUAACAUGCUUCCAGCUUAUCACUCUGAGAGUGAAGAAAAAUUAUUUAUGUCGAAUGAAAACAAUUAUGAGACAAAAGCAUAUGAAUAUUCUCUUAAUAUACCUCAAGUUCCCCAAGAGCUUCCACCUUCUCCUCUCCUUUCAGCAUCUCAACAUCCACCUUCACCUUUCCAAUCGUCUCUACCAGCGCCACCACCACCACCUCCAUUUCCACCUUUCCAGUCGUCUCUACCAGCGCCACCUCCCCCUCUCCGAAGAUCUCGACUUCCCGAAGCAUCUCAAUUUCCAAAAUCAGGUUAUCGAUAUCAAAUGGAAGAUGCCGAUAUUAAUGAAAUAGAAGGAGGAUAUCGAUAUAAAAUGGAAGAUGUCGAUAUUAAUGAAACAGAAGAAGAUCCUAGAUAUAAUACUCAAACAUAUGCAUUUUCUUUGGACCAUUUAAACAAGGCUUACACUGAAUUAAUCAAUAAUCGUUCAAGAUUAUCGGAUUUUUCAUAA